GUGAGUCUACUAUAAUAGGACGACUUUCUCCUCCUUUGUUUCUCCCCAGAGCUUGCGAACACUAGUGCAGCAGACCAGUUGCCUUCCAGCUCGCGUCCGGACUCCGGACUCCCGUGCCCCGCCUUAAACAAUUAAGCGUCUCGCUUGUCCGCGCAGGCCUCAUAAAUCAGCCGUCGCCUUCUUCGCUUGCCUCUGGGGACGUCACAAGUUCAUGGCUCACUGAAGCUCAGGCUAGGAGUCCCUGAUUAAUAGUCCAGAGGCAGAGGAGGCAUAGCAGUAUAUCUCUGCUUCCUCACGCGGGCCGAGAGAGGUCACUGUCGAGGCGGCCAGCGGCCGGCCAUGGCGACGGCUGCCCCGGCUGCGGGCGCGGACUGCCGGCGGCCCACCGUGCUCGUCCCGGCGUUGUCGAGGACGAGCGCCGCGUUCCUCUUCCUCUCCGUCAUCAUCGUCGGGGCGGUCGUUUCGGCUCGCUGGAUCACCACCACCACCACUGCUUUGCAGGGCCGCCUGACGCGCCUCCCCGCCACCGCGGCCACUCCCGCCGACGCGGCGGCCGCCCUCCACACCCAAACACAACACCAGCAGCCGCCGCGGUCGUCGGCACCACCUCCGCCUCCCCCUUCCCGGCCACCGCCUCCCACCUACUCCAUCUCCUGCCCCGCGCCAGGCCUACGCGCCCUCAACCUCUCCCACCCUGCCAGAACGCCCCAAACCUCCCAAACCCUCGCUCGCGCCCUCUCCUCCUCCACCACCUGCCCGUCUUCCCGCAGCCCACCACCCAUCGCAUCCUCCUCCGCCAACCACUCGUGCCCCUCCUACUUCCGAUUCAUCCACGAGGACCUCCGCCCAUGGCGCGCCGCGGGUGGGAUCACACGCGCCAUGCUCGAUCGCGCCCGCCUCACCGCCAGCUUCCGCCUCGUCGUGCUCAGCGGGCGCGCCUACGUCCAGCGGUUCCGCCCGGCGUUCCAGACCCGGGACCUCUUCACCAUCUGGGGCGUCCUCCAGCUGCUCCGCCGCUACCCAGGCCGCGUCCCCGACCUCGACCUCAUGUUCGACUGCGUCGACUGGCCCGUCGUCCGCACCCACCUCUACCGCGGGAGGUACGCCAAGGUCAUGCCGCCGCUGUUCCGGUACUGCGGGGAUGAGAGGACGCUGGAUAUCGCCUUCCCGGAUUGGUCGUUCUGGGGAUGGCCGGAGAUCAACUUAAAGCCAUGGGACGCCCUGCAGGAGGACUUGAAGGAUGGUAAUAAUAGGGUGAGAUGGUUGGAUAGAGAACCUUAUGCUUACUGGAAAGGGAAUCCAUCAGUUUCUGUGACACGGCAGGAAUUGGUUAAGUGUAAUGUCUCUAGCACGCAAGAUUGGAACGCAAGGAUCUACAAUCAGGACUGGUUCAAAGAGAGCAAGACAGGGUUUAAGGACUCAGAUUUGGGUAGUCAAUGCGCUCACAGAUACAAGAUCUAUGUUGAAGGAUCAGCAUGGUCAAUCAGUCAGAAAUAUAUACUAGCAUGUGAUUCAAUGACACUGUUGGUUACACCAAAAUACUAUGAUUUCUUUUCAAGGUCACUUAUGCCGAUUCAGCAUUACUGGCCUGUUCGGUCUGACAAUAAAUGUGGCUCCAUCAAAUAUGCUGUUGACUGGGGCAACUCUCACAAGCAAUUGGCACAGCGCAUAGGGAAGCAAGCAAGCAAUUUCAUUCAAGAAGAGCUCAGUAUGGACCAUGUUUAUGACUACAUGCUUCACCUUCUAUCUGAAUACGCCAAGCUCCUGAAGUUCAAGCCAACUAAGCCACCUCAAGCUGUCGAGGUCUGUUCUGAGUCUUUGGUCUGCCAAGCUGAAGGCCUCGAGAAGAAGUUUCUUGUGGAAUCCAUGGUGAAGUCUGCCCGUGAUGCAGGUCCAUGCGAUCUGCCUCCCCCCUAUGGUCCUCAUGAGCUCAAGAUGCUACAACAGAGGAAAGAAAAUUCAAUAAAGCAGGUUGAAAUGUGGGAGCAAAGAGCUUCAAAGGCUUAGAUUGAGCCCCUGGCUCUUUUUUUCUUCCAAGCACAGACCUACAUAAUUGGUUGACUAUUUAGAAUUUAUGAUCGAACUCAGUGUCAUUGUGGGGUUAACAAAUAUCAAGCAUUCAUCUACUCAAAUCAUUGUGAAUGCAUCUAGAGAAAUUGAGCCAAUACCGGCUUUUCUUUGGUACUUUUCUUUUUCGUAAAUUAAUGUUUACUUAUACCUUCUAUUUUCCUGUAUUUAAUUUUGUUCGGAUUAGAGCUACUUUGUAAAGUCAUUGUGGUUAUGACUUUGAAAUACUCUUACAAUUUUUCAGAAGAUAAUUCUCGACCCUGUCUUCUUUGGUUUCA